UUGCCGUACCAAACAUACGUCGGCCAGAAGCCUACUUCACGCUUUCGAUAGUUUAAAAGAAAUACAGAAGGCGGUAUGGACACUGAAUUGGACACAGUAGCAGCUGUUAGUAUAGAAAACGAGAAUGAAAACAAUGAUAAAGAAGAUGAAACUAAUAACGCCCAAGAGCCAGAUGACCCUUUCAAGAAACCAGCUCUUUUUGCAGCACCUUCCCUUCUUAUCAAACGUGGUGCUGUUGCGUCAAAUACAGCAGGAAAGCCCACUCACGAGCCAAGCACCAGCGAAAAGGCACAACUCUCAGCCACAGAUGAAUUACAUUCAAAUGACCAAACAGCUAAAUUAAACGAGACGAGUUUGCCCACGCCGAGCAGCGACCAAAAGACGCCCGAAAACGCUGACUUCGAAGACAAACAUGAAGACAAAGCGAAGACCCAUGUUGCACCUGUUAAACCAAGACACGAUCUCAAAGCUAGAUUACCUAAAGCACCGCCGGCUGGCAAAUUUAAACCUCAUCCUCCUAUACCGUACACAGAACCCCCAUGGGGUGGAGUAGCACCAGAUAACUCGUAUUCCUUGGAAAUCCUCAAAAACGGCGCCAUAGUUGACGCCAUCCCCCUUACUCAAAAUAGUUAUUUCGUGGUCGGACGACUACCCGUGUGUGAUAUUUCCUUGGAACACCCGUCCAUCUCCAGAUACCAUGCGGUCAUACAGUAUCGUGGGCGCUCAGGUGACGACGAGGAGGUGGGAGAAGAGAGGGGAUUCUACGUUUAUGACUUGGGCAGCACGCAUGGAACUGUUGUAAACAAAAACAAGGUACCACCGAAGACUUACAUCAGGGUACGUGUUGGACACGUCUUAAAAUUCGGAGGAAGCACAAGACUUUUCAUCCUACAGGGUCCAGACUUUGAUGAGGAGGCAGAGUCAGAACUGACAGUGACCGAGUUGCGUGAGCGAGCUAGGAAGCAGCGUGAGAUCCUGGAGAAGAGAAUGCUCGAGGGUGACUUGGACGACUCUGAUGAAGAGAUGGAAGAGGGGGAAGAGAAAGGAGACAGGUCCCGGGCAAAGCUGUCCGGCAAGGACGACUCUGGCUGCUCCUGGGGAAUGGCUGAGGAGGCGGCUCCUGAGGAAGACGAGAGCGAGGAGAACCCGUUUGCCACAGAGUUCCAGGAGGACCAGGAGGCGGCCUACCUGAAGGACCCCAAGAAGGCCCUACAGGGCUUCUAUGACAGAGAAGGAGAAGAGCUAGAGUUUGAAUAUGAGGAUAAAAAUCAUGGUACCUGGCUCUGUCGAGUAAGACUCCCUGUGGAUGACGCCAUGGGAAAGCAGUUGGUUGCUGAGGUAACACACACAGGGAAGAAGAAGGAGGCGGCCAUCCUGUGCUCCCUGGAAGCGUGUCGGACCCUUGAGGCCCGGGGGCUGCUCAGACAGGAAGCAGUUUCCCGGAAGCGCAAGAAGAAAAACUGGGAGGACGAGGACUACUACGACAGUGACGAUGACACCUUCCUGGACAGAACCGGCGCUGUGGAGAAGAAGCGUCAGGAGCGCAUGAAGAAGGCGGGAAAGAUUGAGGAGAGACCGGACACCUACGAGUCACUGGUGGCCAAGCUGGCAGGUGUGGAGAAGGAGCUGGCCGAGACCCAGAACAAGCUGAGUUCUGCAGGCAGAGAUGGUUCCCAUGCAUCUUCAGAGGACCCCCUGGACGCCUUCAUGAGCGAGGUGCGAAAGGAGGCCACGAUGGACGCCGUGGAACGCCGCAAGCUCCACGUGCAUGUGGCCGACCUGCGCAAGGAGGCCCAGAGGGUCCGCAGGCUGGUGGAGCUGACUCGGCCGGCACAGUUGCCCUCGCUGCAGCCCAGUUUAGAGGGCGGGUCUUCAGAGCCCCAGAAGCCUAAGAAGUCCCUGCCACUGUUUGGUGCAAUGAAGGGAGGCAGCAAGUUCAAACUAAAGACCGGCACUAUCGGGAAGUUACCCCCGAAGCGACCCAACCUGCCUCCUGAGCUUUUCAACAUGAAAAGCCUUCCGUCAGGAGCGGAGGAAGAGGAAGAGGAGGAGGAGGAGGAGGGGGAGGGGAAGAGGGAAGAAAAGGAGAACGACAACAAGGGGAUGGCAGACGUUCCAGAUGUUCAGAGCGGGCCCCAGCAGCCCAGCCAAACCACCUCUCCCGAAGGCUCCAGACAGCACAGCGAGGAACCGACACAGUCUCCCAAACCCAGAGGGAGAGGGCCACCACAGAGGACACAUGUGGAGGAGACGACAGAAACAGUGGACCAGGCGCUCGUCCGGAAUGUAAAGACGACUCAACCAAGUCCAGAGGGAGGUGAGGAGGAGACCGUGGCCAAGCCAGGCCCAAAGAAGGUUGGGAAAAAGAAAGCCUUCGGUCCCAGCAGAGCUCCAGAUACUCUAUCAGCACAGUACCCUGAAGAUGACCCAGACUAUUGUGUCUGGGUACCCCCUGAAGGUCAGUCCGGAGAUGGCCGUACUCACCUCAAUGAGAAGUUUGGCUACUAGGAGAAGAGGAGGGGUCACAAGGCGCCAAGCCUCCCUACUGCCCUCCUCAAGCCUCCCUACUGCCCUCCUCAAGCCUCCCUACUGCCCUCCUCAAGCCUCCCUACUGCCCUCCUCUCUGCCCAUCCACUCCACGUCCCACAGCACUUGGUCCGUUUCUGCCAUAUUCAGGCCUGUUUCCAUGCCUUUCCACCCAAUCUGUAAACCCCUUGCAAUGGUCACGGAUGUUCAACAACUAUAACUAAAGCAGACUUUCUGUGAGGAUCGAAAGUCGAUUUACUCGAUUCCUCUGCUUUUCCGUUAACAGGCAACAUUGUGAUUGAUUUAUACGUCCAGCCAUCAUCUUUGAACAUGGCUUUGUGAAUGUUUCUCUGUGUUCCCUUUACUUUAAAUACUGACUGGCCUCAACACUACUUUGGCCCAAAUAAGCAUAAUGGAAGAGUUCUAAAUGAUGUUACUCCAGGCAACAGUUCUGCUGGCACACUUCCCAUCUUCACUGUUCCUGCCCAAGACGGAAAGGGGUUGGCUCUUAAACAUUGGUCAAAUGUUUUCCAUCUUUUUCUGAACUGUUAGGCAUUGAGUGCUCUGUCAUUGGUCAGAGGGCAGCUCUGGUACCUUUCAUGGUUUCCCUCUCAGCCACCAGCGACGCUCAUCUCGGCCAUCUUCAAGCACCCCAUCCCACCUGCUGGGUCUCUCUCUGCUGACUGCCGCGUUACCUCAUUUUCAAAGUGUGUGUGUGUGUGGUGGAGGGAGAGGGAGAAGCGUCGAAGCAGCUUUGCUAACCAUCUGGACACUUGUGAGGCUUUAUUGGAUAAAAAGAAAAAAACCAUGCUGAUAAUGGGUCAAGUUAACAGUAAUGUGUUUGUGCGCGUUGCUAUGUUUGCCAACCACCCCCCCCCCAUAUCACCACCGCCACUUCUCUUUUUAACCCGAUCUUCAUUACAAGUGACUCAGCAUUAGGAGGCUGGUGGGUGUGUGUGUUUGCGGGGCAAUCUGCCGAGAGUAGGAUUACGCUGCCCCCGAAAUCCCACACGACAUCAGUGCUCUUCAGUCUCUCUCGGUUCCACCCUGGUCCUCUCAGCCUGUUCUGUCCCAACCCACAACACAGGCUCUUAAACCUUGACGGUUCAACAUUUAUAGCCACAUAAAGAAAAUAGCCGUGUGUAUUGUGUUGCUCAUAUUUGUAUAAUAAAAUAGCCUAUAGUCGCAA